ACCAUCUCUAGCAUGGACUGGAGAAUAAUUCGGCUGUUUAUUGUUUUGACAGUUUACGGUACUUCCGAAGCGAAUAACUGUCUUCCACGAUGUGUGUCCUUCGAAGAGAUUAAUACACUGUGGGGAAACGAAGAUCCGGAACGAUACUGGCAGUGCGAUCCAAUAGAUGAGGAUGUCUGGAUACCUGUUCUCAGAAUCUGCGCUCCGGCUACGCUGUUCAGUUUCCGUCAGCAAACCUGUGUGGAUCCAGACGAUUGGGAGGAGGUCUGCGUUCCUCAAGGGGGAGAUUCGGACGAAAAUGAUCCAGGGGUGACUGACCCGAAUAACUCCACUCCCGAUGAGACGGAUCCCGGAGACAAGGAUCCCGGUGACUCAAAUCCGGACGAUGAAGAUCCCGGCGAUAAGGAUUCAGAGGAUGAGGACCACGUUGAUUCGAAUCCAGACGACGAUAAAGAUCCCGGCGACAAAGAUCCAGGUGAUGAAGAUCCCGACGACCCGGAAAGCGAUGAAACAAUUUCCGAUCCCUGCGUUCCACGAUGCGUAACAUUUAAAGAAAUUAAUACCUUGUGGGCUAACGAAGAUCCUGAGCGGUAUUGGCAGUGUGAUCCAAUAGACGAGGGAGUUUGGAUUCCUGUUCUAAGAAUUUGCGCCCCAGCUACGUUGUUCAGCUUCCGUCAACAAACCUGUGUAGAUCCUAACGACUGGGAAGAAGUUUGCAUUCCUAAGGGGGAAGAUUCAGACGAAAAUGGACCAGGUGUUACUGAUCCGGACGAUACGGAUCCUGAACUGACCGACCCGAACAACUCCGAUCCCGAUGACAAAGAUCCAGGUGACUCGAAUCCAGACGAUGAAGAUCCUGGCGACAAAGAUUCAGAGGAUGAUGACCAUGACGAUUCGAAUCCAGACGACGAUAAAGAUCCCGGUGACAAAGAUCCAGGUGACGAAGAUUCCAAUGAAGAUGACCCCGACAACCCGGGAAGCGAUGAAACAAUCUCCGACCCCUGCGUUCCAAGAUGCGUAACAUUUAAAGAAAUUAAUACCUUAUGGGCCAACGAAGAUCCCGAGCGGUAUUGGCAGUGCGAUCCAGUAGAUGAGGGAGUUUGGGUACCCGUUUUAAGAAUCUGUGCUCCAGCUACGCUGUUCAGUUUCCGUCAGCAAACCUGUGUAGAUCCUAACGAUUGGGAAGAAGUUUGCAUUCUUAAAGGGGAAGAUUCAGACGAGAAUGAACCAGGCGUUACUGACCCGGGUGAUACGGAUCCAGGGGUGACUGACCCGGAUAACUCCACUCCCGAUGAAACAGAUCCCGGCGACAAAGAUCCCGGUGACUCGAAUCCAGACGAUGAAGAUCCCGGCGACAAAGAUUCGGAGGGUGAUGACCAUGAUGAUUCAAAUCCAGACGACGAUAAAGAUCCAGGUGACGAAGAUUCCAAUGAAAAUGACCCCAACGACCCAGAAAGUGAUGAAACAAUCUCCGAUCCCUGCGUGCCACGAUGUGAAACAUUCAAAGAAAUCAAUACCUUGUGGGCCAACGAAGACCCGGAACGUUACUGGCAGUGCGAUCCAAUCGACGAAGGAGUUUGGAUUCCCGUCCUAAGAAUCUGUGCCCCAACUACGUUGUUCAGCUUCCGUCAACAAACCUGUGUCGAUCCAAAUGAUUGGGAAGAAGUCUGCGUUCCUCAAGAUGACGAUAGGCCUCCGGGUGGUGGUGAUGAUGAUUCAGACGAAAAUGAACCAGGUGUGACUGACCCAAACAACUCCGACCCCGAUGAGACGGAUCCCGGUGACAAAGAUCCGGGUGACUCGAAUCCAGACGAUGAAGAUCCCGGUGAUAAGGAUUCAGAGGAUGAUGACCACGUUGAUUCGAAUCCAGACGACGACAAAGACCCAGGUGACGAUGAUCCCAACGAUCCCGACGAUCCGGAAAGCGAUGAAACCAUUUCCGAACCAUGCGUUCCACGAUGCGAAACGUUUGAAGAAAUCAAUACCUUGUGGGCCCAUGAAGACCCGGAACGUUACUGGCAGUGCGAUCCAAUAGACGAGGGUGUUUGGAUUCCCGUUCUACGAGUGUGUGCUCCAACGACUUUGUAUAGCUUCCGUCAACAAACCUGCGUCGAUCCAAGUGAUUGGGAAGAAAUCUGUGUUUCUCAAGCUAGAAUGGGUAUUAGGAAAUUGCUUCAACUUUCGGCGUAUCCCAAGAAAAAAGAUCCGGUACAUUCUUCAACCAUAUGCCCUACCCCUUCUUGCCUCACAUUCACCCAUGUCAAAACGCUUUGGGCCGAUUCCGAUCCAAAUUUCUUCCUUGAGUGCAGAUCUUCCCGGGACUCCAAUACUUGGGGUCUACGCAAAACCCCCUGUGCACCGGGAACCUGGUUCAACUACCACCUGCAAGCCUGCGUUUUUCCCGAAGACUGGAAAGCUUGCGUAGGUCAACAAACUUCCAAACCUGCUGUCAACCCCCCGCACAGUACCGUAAUCGAUGGUGACUACUUUGCUCGAAUGGCGAAUGAGCGGCUUGAUUCUGAUAAGGUUAUCUGUGGUGUACCGAGAUGUCGAACACAGUCACAGAUCAGUCGCGUGCUUUGGCCCGGUUCCGCGGGCGAUAGUUUUUAUCAGUGUGUACCGGAUGGAUCACUAGUUGCUAAAACUGUUGGAUGGCGCUGUCCCGUGGAAAUGUUGUUCGAUUGGAAACUGCAGCGUUGCGUUCGCUGGACGAGAGGGGUUGCUAGUUGUUUGGUGAAGCCGACGAUUGAGUAGGUCCUUCCAGUGCAGUCACAUUUUUAACCACAAUCAGCGAAUCAAAAUGUAAAUGCUUAUAAUAUAUAAAUAAUU